GGUGCAAUUACAUGCAAGAGCCUCAAUGAAUCAUCUGUCUGUUUCUACAUAAACAAACAUCAGCCUGGGGAUGGACAAAGUUCCUUAGAUCACCAUCCGAUCACCACCUUAGAUCACCAUCCGAUAAUAUUUUAUUACUGUUUUACACAUUUAUUAAGCGAUUAAUGAAGGUUCUUUAGCUCUAGCCAACGGGAUUCUGUAAACUUUUCCUGCUGUACACGUUGUCAAACUGUGGAUUUACAGAUAGCCAGUCGAGCUAGCUGGCUAAGUCAGUGGCUACCAGCAACUGUUUGGUUACCAGCAUUCUUCAAAUUAUUUCUAUUAUGUUCAACAAAAGAAAGAAACUCACAACUUGGUCUUCCAGUGGAUUUACUGAUAUCAAAUUCGACAGCAUCCGCAGCAUCCAUAUCCUGUAAAUGGGGAACAGUGCGCUCAAAGCUCAUUUGGAAACAUCUCAGAAGACCGGAGUCUUUCAGCUGACCGGAAAGGGUUUGGCAGAGUUCCCAGAGGAGCUGCAGAAACUCACCGGAAACCUGCGGACAGUCGAUCUGUCCAACAACAAAAUCGAGGUGCUUCCAGCAUUCAUAGGAGGCUUCCAGCAACUCAAGAGUCUCACCAUAAGCAGCAAUAAACUAACCAGUCUACCAAAUGACAUCGGGAAACUCAAGAAGCUGGAGACUCUUAUUUUAAAUGGGAACCAUUUGAAUCAUCUUCCUUCAUCGUUGGGUCAGCUGAAGUCCUUGCGCACCCUAAACCUGUCUGGGAAUCACUUCAAGGAGUUCCCUAGUGGACUCGGCACCCUUCGCCAGCUCGAUGUUCUGGACCUGUCCAAGAAUAAGAUCCAUGUGGUUCCUGCAGAGGUGGCCGAACUGCAAGCCAUUGAAAUCAACCUCAAUCAGAACCAGAUUUCAACCCUGUGUCCAGAGGUGUCUCGUGCUCCCCGACUGAAGGUCUUACGGCUGGAGGAGAACUGUCUGGAGCUGUCCUCUAUCCCCAUCUCCAUCCUCUCAGACUCCCAGGUGUCCCUGCUGUCCGUGGAGGGCAACCUCUUUGAAGUUAAAACGUUGCGUGACCUAGAAGGAUAUGAUAAAUACAUGGAACGUUUCACUGCAACCAAGAAGAAAUUUGCGUGAAGAGUUAGAGGCUUGCUGCACCUGUCCUCUGCACUGGGCUUACCGUAGAAAGGUUUCAGCUGGGACUGCUUGUGAAAACGGCAAUAUGGGAAUGGAAAAAUGGUCAAGACUGCUUCACAACUUGGUAGAAUGAUGGCUCAGAAACCCCAGCCCUGCUGUUCAUCGCAUUACAGUAAAGACAGCAGUGUAUGGACCUUGCAUCUCUCUUUCUUUUGCAAAGAUUUUAUAUUCUGAAAUAUAAUGCAGACUCAGCUUCAUGAGGACAUUUACACUGGAGAAUGGUUUAUUCCGUAUAUUCAAGUGCACUAAUGCCAUGCCUGUUUAUAGAACAUCAGUCUUUCAGAGAAGCUAACAUCUAACUAACAUACUGUACGUCCUGUACCCUUAUAGUAUGUGCUAUUGCUCAGCAUUUAUUGAUUCGUUUAUUUUAAAGCAUUAGAGACUUUGUGUCUGUUAUUAUUUAAUUUGAACAUUGUUUUGGGCAUCAAUGAGGCUUUAUCUGUUUAACAGUAUUUUGAUUGAACUGUGAUCUCAAAACUUCCGUUAAAGAAUAUUUGCUGUGAUAUUUAUGAAGUAGCCAUUUUUUUUCUGUCAACAAAGGCUGCAUAUGAGUUUCAAUGUUGAUUACUGUCCAUGAAAUGCCAGUGGAUAUUCAUAUUUAUAACACAAUAUUCAGUUUUAAUGCAGUGCAUUUGCUUUUGCACAUUUAUACAUGCUGCAUGUUCUCUUACCAUAAAAGUGUGUAACUCAAAAAGCAUUUUUGUGAACGAUUAUGUAGUUUCAUGCAGUUUUUGAGAUCUAAAUCUAUUGUUCUUUAUGGUCAUGACUAUGUAUCCCAUCUAUUAUUUACACACUUGAAUGGCAUCUUAUCUGUUUAAAGGGAUAAUUAAUUCAAAAAUGAAAAUUACUCAGCCUAAAGUUGUUCCAAACCUGUAUGACUUUCUUUCUUCUACUGAACACAAACGCAGAUAUUUUGAAGAAUGUGGGUAACUAAACCGGUUCUGGUCCCCAUUGACUUCCAGAGUAUGUGGAAUGUUGACAGAAUUUUCAUUUUUGGGUGAACUAUCUCUUUAAUCUAGUGUUUCUCUCAGUGAUUGAAUAUAUGCACAUUAAUGGAAAUAUGUUAAACAUCUGAAUUUUAGAAUCAGAAAUAUAACAUAUUACCCAAAAGCAGUCAUGAGUGCUUUAAGCCAGUACUCUAAGGCAGCAUUUGUAAAAUACAUGUUCCUUGUUCUCAAUAUACUAUGCCACUACAUUAUUUUUAUGCUGCAACAUUUAGCCACAGAAUAAAGCUUGCACUGUAUUAAAACUACAGCAUCAUCAAGCAAAUUGUACCUGAAAAUUCCCCUCAGGAUGAAUAAAGUACAUCUAUCUGUCUACCUACAGUAUUAUUAU